AAGAAGUCAUAUAGAAAACGGCUUCAUAAAAAGAAGAUAGAACUUGGAUAAGUUUAGAAGAUAGAAAUGGAAUGGAGAGAAUGUUAUUUAGAUGUGAUAUUGGUGCCGCUAGGGCUAAUGGUGUAUGCAUCUUACCAUGUUUACUUGUGGCAUAAGUUACGAACACAGCCUCUCACCACUAUCAUCGGCACUAACGCUAGAGCUCGCCGAUUCUGGGUCGCUUCCAUCAUCAAGGACAACGACAAGAAGAACAUCUUGGCCGUUCAAACGCUUAGAAACUGCAUAAUGGGGUCGACUUUGAUGGCAACAACAUCGAUCCUCCUCUGCGCUGGUCUAGCUGCGGUUUUAAGCAGCACAUAUGCAGUGAAGAAGCCUCUAAACGACGCUGUUUUUGGAGCUCGCGGAGAGUUCAUGGUGGCUCUCAAGUACGUCACGAUACUCACCAUAUUCCUCUUCUCCUUCUUCUCUCACUCUCUCUCAAUUCGUUUCAUCAACCAAGUUAACAUCCUCAUCAACACUCCUUUUCCUCCUGAGGAGUUGGAGGACGAGAUGAUGAUGACCGCGGAGGAGUACGUGGCGGAGUUGCUAGAGAGAGGGUUUAUUUUGAAUACUGUGGGGAAUCGGUUGUUCUACGCGGCUUUGCCGUUGAUGCUUUGGAUAUUUGGACCGGUGCUUGUGUUUUUGUGCUCGGUCGUGAUGGUUCCUCUACUUUACAACCUCGAUUUCUUCUUCUUCGGUAAAGAAAGAAGAAAACUUGAUCAAAAGUCUAGUUUUGGAUCUGUGUAAAAUCGAGUUCUGGUCAGUAGAACAAGUGAUUUGUAAUUAAGUGAUAUCAUCGUCCUCUUUGUUAAAUCCUGGACUACCGAUGAACGCAUGAGGACUUUACAUGGAAGUUGAAAAGUUCGAAGAUCAUAGUUUAGGUUUCAAUUCUAGAUCUUCCGAUUAAGAAAAAAAAAUGUAAUUAAAUAACGCAUUAUAAUUUUCAUAUAUUAGGGUUUUUCGGCCGUAUGUAUUUGGUGUGGUGUAAUAUAUGUCACGUUUUGGUUUAUUGAGCGUUAUUAUUGGCAUUUCCAUGUGGGUGACUUUAUAACGUAUCAGCAUAUCUCACAGCUCUCUUGGUAUGUACGUUUCUCUUUUUUCUUUUUCUUUUUCUGUUAGUGUUUAUAUGCAUGUGGCUUACGUUGGGCAAGAAACGGG